UUGAAAGUUUAUGUCGUUGUUUUGACGUCAUUCUGUCACGUGUGACUGUAAAGAGAGACUCACCACCUGAAAUUGACCACACGGGGUCGCACGAGACCGUAGAUAUGAAGGAGCGUAUUCGACGGCCCCUCAGUAGUUUUACUCCGCCCUGCCUGGGGAGAAAGAAAUCGUCACGAGCCGAUCGUCGAUGCGCAGAAGGCGCACAGAGACGCACGGAAACCUCGCGACAGCAACGCUGCAUUGGGCGGAAUUAUCUCCAUGUGGAUAAAUGAGAACGGAAUUCCGCUCACUUCUCGCCGCAUUGACGAUGAGGACGCGUCAACAAAGACGGGAUUUUUGGAUGUUCUUUGCUUUGCUUGUGUGUGUUUCCGGCUCGCCCGCGACGCAACUGUCCUUCUCCAUGAACGAGGAGGCGAACAAAGGCUUCGUGCUGGGGAACAUCGCCAAGGAUUUCAACCUCAACGUGCACGAGCUGCACACCAGAGGUCUGCGUGUGGUCUCCAGCUACAGCAAAGAGUAUUUCAACGUGAAUUUACAAAGCGGCAACCUAUUUGUGAACGAAAGAGUCGACAGGGAGGAGCUUUGUCCGAAUGUGGUCAAAUGCGCGUUGAGGAUACAGGCUGUGUUAAACAAUCCGAUGACGGCGCAUCGUAUUGAGAUCCAUAUUUUGGAUAUCAACGAUAAUGCGCCUGCUUUUGUCGAAAAUGCGUACACUUUGGACAUCUCGGAAUCAGCUUUGCCGGGAGAGCGGCAUUUCCUCCCGGUGGCUGUGGACGCAGACGUUGGCAGCAACUCGGUGAGGAGCUAUAAACUGAGCAAUAAUGAACAUUUUACACUGGACGUGCAGGGCGGAGGAGACCACGACGUGUCUGCUGAAUUGGUGCUGCAAAAACCUUUAGACCGAGAGAAACAAUCACUCAUCACCCUCACGCUCACUGCCCUCGAUGGGGGGAAACCUCCAAAAUCUGGCUCGUUGCAAAUUCUGGUAAAUGUGCGCGAUGUCAAUGACAACGUGCCCACGUUUAGCAAGUCGCUGUAUAAAGCGCGCCUGAGGGAAGAUGCCGCACAGGGCUCACACCACGUGUUGAAUAACAAAUUCGUGACUGGACGGGACGGCUCUGCUCCGCUGCUGCUGGGAAACGGGCUUUUGGCAGAAAUUCGCUACUCCACCCCCGAGGAGGUAAAGAUGGAACUGUUGUUGGGAAUUCUUGCAAAGGAUUUGGGUCUUGACGUGGGCUCUCUGGUCGAUCGCCGCUUCCGAGUGGUUGCCGAAUCAAAGGAGGCCUUUUUCGAGGAAACCAGCAGAAGGGGUGCUGUACGUGAACAAGCGGAUCGACAGAGAUGA